UAAACCCGACCGAAAACCUCCCCAACGACCAGCAAUCUCCUCCCCCCACUCCCUCGCUUCUCCAGCUCCAGAGCAAGGGGAAGCCCAUGGCGAUUCUCCGCCUGCCCCCCGCCCUCUCGCCUGCUUGUGCCGUCGUCUCCUUCCCCUGCAGGCCGUCCUCCCAAGUCCUCCCACGGCCUCCCUCCCGCUCAACCCUCAUCUGCCUCGCCGCAACGCCGAAGGUGCCGCUCCCCAUCGCGUCGCCGGCCUCCCUCGGGGACGACCCCAGCAAGUGGGACCCGGCCGAGUGCGACGCCCUCCUCCGCGGCGGCGAGCAGGUCGCCUCCGUCCUCCAGGAGAUGCUCACGCUGAUGGAGGACAUGGAGAUGGAUGGUGCAUUUGAGCCAGUGGCUGUGGAGCUGGUGGCUCAAGGAGUUAUUGGGAAGAGGGUCGAUGAGAUGGAGUCAGGCUUUCUUAUGGCACUUGAUUACAUGAUACAACUUGCACAGAAGGACGCAGAUGAUGAGCGCAAGUCUCUUCUUGAGGUAAUUAAACAGACAGUGCUAGAUCAUCUAACAAAGAAAUGUCCUCCACAUGUUCAGGUUGUCGGACUCCUCUGCCAGACUGAAAAGAAAGAGAGCAGGCAUGAAUUGCUGCGCCGUGUAGCUGCUGGUGGAGGUGUUUUCAAGAAUGAUAAAGGUCUUAAGUGCCAAAUUCCUGGGGCAAAUCUUAAUGACAUUGCGAACCAGGCAGAUGAUCUACUGGAGUCAAUGGAAUCUAGGGACACCAUUCCUGAUCGAAAACUUCUUGCAAGACUAGUUAUAGUAAGAGAAGAAGCCCGAAAUAUGAUGGGAGGUGGCUUGUUAGAUGAAAGAAAUGAUCGUGGUUUGACUACUCUCCCUGAGGCAGAGGUGAACUUUUUGAGCAAGCUCGUUGCUCUUAAACCUGGGAAGGCAUUGGAGAGGAUGAUCAGGGAUGUUAUGAAUGGCAAAGCGGAAGGUGCUGAUAACAUUAAACAAUCAAGUGCCGAUUCGCAUUCUGAACAGGAGCAUCUAACUGGAUUAUCUGGAAGGGGAAGUGUAUCAGGCCGCAAGCCACGGCCAGUUCGCCCUGGAAUGUUCCUUGAGACUGUCUCCAAGGUCCUAGGUGGUGUAUAUGCAAGCAACACAUCUGGCAUUACAGCUCAACAUCUAGAAUGGGUACAUCAAACAACACUGAAAAUUCUUCAGGAAUUGGCCUUCUAGGCUUGCUAUCACUAUUUAUGAACAUAGGCAGUACGUGCACAUCCUUAGCCACCGAAGGUACAUGAUAUUGGAGAACCUUGUGCACAAAAGGAUAUCACUGCAUGAAGUUAUGGACCCUAUAAAUGAAAAAAAUUACUGGUGCCGUGGUGGGUGGUUUAAAUAUUUACAGACCCUAAUGGUUGUGAAUGACAUCUUUUGGUUGAGAAGUGAAGCAAAAGACAUGCUAGGCGUGAGGCAAAGAUCACUUAUGUGAAGAAUGUGUUGUCAGUUGUCACGAUGUACAGCCAUUAGUGCCGAAGGAUUGAACUGAUAGAGUGAGCUUUAUUCAAGCACUUCUGACAAGUGCAUAGUGUGGUUGCUUUUGCCCGCUAACCAAUUUUAAAUACUAGACUCCGAACUGUUUAGAGGCGGUCAGGCAGAAUGCUCUCUGUGGAUAGAUCUUUGUUCCUUGGCACUGGCAAUCUGUAACCUUUUCUUUGCACACAUUGUUCCAGACUUCUGGUCAUGGGUGAUAUACGUUACAUGAAUACAAAUCCGUAGUAUCUUGGACUUCUGGUCA